UUGUUGUGGUUUCAGGAUGACCGGGGGAUGAUGGCAGGAAGACGCAAUGUGGGACUUUUGGUCCUUUUUUUGCUUGCAGCUGCAUUCACUGAUCUCUGCUCCUCCACAGAAAUCUGUACCAAUUCUUUUCUACCCGGCGCUAAAGGAGAUCAAGGUGAAACCGGAGAUGAGGGAGAUCAGGGGAUUGAUGGGAAAAAAGGACCACCAGGACUUCCAGGACAGCCAGGAGAAACAGGGCUGAAAGGAGAUGUGGGUCACGUGGGAAAGAUGGGCCCCACUGGAGAAAAAGGUGACCAAGGUGAAACGGGUUUGGAUGGUCCCCCUGGUUUAAAAGGGAAACCAGGCGCCACAUGUGACUGCAGCCGCUACAGGAAGGUGGUUGGACAGUUGGACGUCAGUGUAGGCAAACUGAGGAAAGCUGUCAAGUUUGUGAAGAAUGUUAUCCUAGGCUUAAUGGAAACAGAACAGCGAUACUACCUGCUGGUGAAGGAGGCGCGCAGGUUCAGAGAGGCGUCUGUGAACUGCAAACUCAGAGGAGGCACACUGGUCAUGCCGAAAACCGGCAACAUCAACCAGCUGCUGGCAGAUCAUGUCAGUCAGGCAGGACUGAGCCGAGUUUUUAUUGGAAUUCAAGCUCUCGACAAGGACACGGAUGGUUCGAGCAGACAUGCGUACACAGACUCCAGCCCGCUGCAGGGCUUUGCAGUGUGGAGUCAAGAUGAGCUGCUGAAUCCCAACAUGAACGCAAGCUGCGUAGUGCUACUCAGUUCUGGAUCAUGGGGUCACGUGGAGUGUGACACCAGCAUGUUUUACAUCUGUGAGUUCUCAAAAAUCCAGACACGAGGAGGAGGAUGAUGGACCGUAGUGACACCACGACAGAUCACAUUAUCAAUACCUGCAUGGAACCGCCAAUACAACUCUUCGAUAUUAUAUUUAUAGACAUAUAAUUAUAUAUUUAGUGUAACUCGGCCCAGUUGAUUGAAAAUUCAAGUCUAUCCAAUGCUAUUUUGA